AUGAUCCUGCUUCAUUUGCCCUCAGAAUUACUACUACAACUAGCGACCUGCCUGGAGACAGAACGAGAUAUCAACUCAUUGUCUCAAACAAACAGACGACUCCACGCUCUCCUCAAUCCAUAUCUCUAUAGACUGAAUUCUCGAGGCUCAAAUUCCGCUCUGCUAUGGGCUGCCCAACAUGACAAUGUGGCUACAGCUCGAUUAUGUGUACAGGAAGAGGCCAAAGUUAGAGUGACGGAUAGCAGGGGCCGGACACCAUUAUCCUGGGCCGCGCAGCACGGACAUGAGGCGAUGGUGAAGCUAUUACUUGGGACAGGGCAGGCGGUUUUGAACUCAACAAACUGCGAGGGGACAACACACCGCCAGAAAUUAUUAUUAUGGGCUACGCAGCACGGACAUGAACGCCUGGUGAAGCAUAUACUCAGGAAAGAGCAGGUGGGUUAUGAAUUGAAAGACUCCGAGGGAUGGACACCAUUAUCCUGGGCUGCGCAAAAUGGUCAUGACGUGGUAGUGAAGCUGUUACUUGAAACUGGGCAGGUGGAUGUGGACUCGAAGGACAGUGAAUGUCGCACACCACUUACCUGGGCUGCGAAGCAUGGACACGAGGCGGUGGUAAAGCUAUUACUUGAGACCGGGCAAGUGGAUGUGAACUCGAAGGACAAUGAAGAUUGGACACCAUUGUUCUACGCUGCGCAGGAGGGACGUGAAGGAGUAGUGAGGCUAUUACUUGAGACAGACCAGGUUCAAGUGGACUCGACGGACUUUUUCGGCUUGAGACCGUUGUCCUUGGCCGCAAGAUUUCGACAGGAGGCGGUGGUGAAGUUAUUACUUGAGACAGUCCAAAUUGAUGUGGUCUCGGAGGACACGCCAUUUAACACAUCUUUAUUCAUGACUGCUAAGCAUGGAUAUGAGGCCGUCGUGAAGCUAUUACUUGAGACGGGGCAUGUGGAUAUGGUUCGGAAGGACUAUGAGGGCUGGACACCAUUGUUUCUAACCGCACUUGAACGUGAGGGAAUAGUGAAGCUAUUGCUUGAAAAAGGCCAGGAGGAGGUGGGCUCGGACAACACGUUGUCCAAUGCCGCAAGAUUUGGACGUACGCCGGUGGUGAGGUUAUUACUAAAGACAGGCCAGAUUGGCGUGGACCCGAAGAACCCCAGAGGUCUCAUACCAUUAUCCCUGGCUGCGAAGCAUGGAUAUGAGGCGGUGAUGAAAAUACUACUUGGGACUUGGCGCAGGCAUCCAUAG